AUGACCAGCAACUUUUCCCAACCAGUUUUGCAGCUUUGCUAUGAGAACCUGAAUGGGUCCUGUAUUAAAACUCCCUACUCGCCAGGGCCCCAGGUAAUUCUCUAUGCAGUGUUUGGCUUUGGGACUGUGCUGGCUGUGCUGGGAAACCUGCUAGUGAUGACUUCCGUUCUCCACUUCAAGCAGCUGCACUCUCCAACCAAUUUCCUCAUCGCCUCUCUGGCCUGUGCUGACUUUUUGGUGGGAGUGACUGUGAUGCCCUUCAGCAUGGUCAGGUCCGUGGAGAGCUGCUGGUACUUUGGAAUGGGCUUUAUCACCCCUGCCUACAUUUAUGAAAUUUGCGGUUGGUGUGCUUAUUAUAACUCAGCCAUGAACCCUCUGAUUUAUGCUUUAUUUUACCCUUGGUUUAGAAAAGCCAUAAAACUUAUUUUAAGUGGAGAAAUUUUAAAGGGUAGUUCAUCAACCAUAAGUGUAUUUUCAGAAUAA